AUGACUAUACCAGUUCAACUACACGUGAUGACUAUAAACGCGCUGGCAAAACGGAGCUCUCAGAUGGGAGAAGACAUGGCGGCCAAGAUCGAGGAGAGCUCCGAACACAGCACAGAUGGAGUAGCUGGUACGCCUAAGGAAGCUGCUCUGCGCGAGCUGAUGGAAAGAACGAAAUACCCGAUCAGGCAGUUCAAUGGCCAACGCAGAUAUGGGCCACCUCCGAACUGGAAUGCACCUCCCCCUCCACGUGGCUGCGAAGUUUUUGUGGGAAAAGUUCCUCGAGAUUUAUACGAAGAUGAAUUGGUCCCUGUAUUUGAGGCUUUAGGCGAAAUCUACGAAGUUCGACUUAUGAUGGAUUUCAACGGACAGAAUCGUGGUUACGCGUUCGUUGUUUACACGAAUAAGGAAGACGCCAAGAAGAGUGUCAAGAGUUUGAACAAUUACGAAAUACGUAAGGGAAAAUGUAUCGGGGUUUGUAGCUCAGUGGACAAUUGUCGAUUAUUCGUUGGAGGUAUCCCAAAGAAGGUUAAGAAGGACGAAAUCAUGACAGAAAUGGUGAAAGUUACAGACAACGUUGUAGAUGUAAUUGUUUACCCAUCAGCUCAGGACAAGACGAAGAAUCGAGGCUUUGCGUUCGUUGAAUACAGUUCGCAUCGCGAUGCUGCAAUGGCCCGAAGAAAACUUAUGACUGGUAAAAUCCAGCUCUGGGGACAUCAGAUCGCUGUCGACUGGGCUGAACCGGAGCAAGAAGUCGACGAGGAAAUCAUGGAUCAGGUUAGAUUUUUAUUUACGGUCCGUCGUUACCCAAAGUAGCCCCUCCCCCAUCUUCGCAGUGCUAAACGUGCCUUACGAUAUCUCCGAUAGCUCGUUGCUUUUCGAAGUUCUUACUACCAGUCAUGAUUUUAUUUAGAAUUUACUAGUGUGGGAGUUUAUCGUAAUAACAGUCGGUGCUCCUUUAUGCUAAGUCCAGCCUUGUAUAGAGAAGUUUAUUUGUUGAUGUCGUGUUAUUUCACUUCCUUUGUUCAACGAAGCUUGUCUUUGUCGUUGUUAAGCAUUAGCUUUUUAUUGGAGUAAUUAGUUACUCUUUGCAGUCUUUUGUCGUUUCACGACGAUUAUGUCGGAGGCGCGAUGCAAUGCAAAGCCUUAAGCAACCGCUAUACUUCAAUAGAACCGCAAGAGAUCGAUUUAAUUUUUUUAUUUGGCUUUGUUUUCAAGGUGAAAGUUCUUUACGCCCGAAAUCUUCUAUUAAGCACGACCGAGGAUACAAUAGAACAAGUCUUCAGCAAAUUUGGCGAAGUUGAGCGAGUUAAGAAGAUCAAAGAUUACAGUUUUAUUCACUUUCGAACCAAGGAACAAGCCAGAACAGCUUUGGAGGCCAUGAACGGUAAUAAAAUUUUUAUGUUUAUGUUUUGUGGAUCGAUAAAUUUUAACAGGUACAGGGAAGGCUCUUUUUGAACUUGUGAAUGCAGUCCCCGCGGUAUGUCAACGGAAACCCGCUUCUUUCUGUAACCAGAAUCAAUUGUGUUUUUUGUUUUCUUUUGUUAAAAUUAAUGUAAAAUUUCACACUUGAGUUACUAACUUCUGUGUCCUCGCGGUGUUACCAAAAAAUUCCCGGGGGAUCGUUUUGACCGCGCGAAAGCGGCUUUCGAAUGUUUUGUCUUGAAAUUGCCGAUCGUUGACCAUUUCCUUUUGAAUUCGCGUAAAGAAAAACACGAAUUAGCGCAGGUUGAAAGAGACUUAAAACAGCUCACGCUUGUCUGGUAGCAGCUUGAAGUUUGUUCCAGUGAAGAGGGUAUUUUCUUUUCUGCAAGUUUCCCUAGUGAUGUGAAAUCGAACACUGCACUCGAGAACGUGCCUUGUGUUUAUGUUUAAGCGUUAUUUAAUACUUGUUUUUUUUUUCCAACUGGAGGUCCAAAAUUUUGAUCUUUGCUUAGUGUCGGCGAGUAGCGUAAACCACUUUGAAGACUCUAAACAUAAACAGUGGUUUAAAUUCAGAGGUUUUGAACGAAUGUUCCAUAAGGCGCUUUACUCUGCUUGGAUUUAACCACUAAAUGUACAGUAACUCGUGAUUGAGACUCGCACCAUGUCUGUCACACUUUCAGUCAGUGCAGUGUAUUAGACUCAUUUUGGUGAAUGACCUACAGAAAGUAAUCCGAACUCUCCCGCUGGUUACCUUUAUUAUUAUUGAUUGCAAGAUUUUUUCAUAUACGUGAUUUCCUGAGCGGAAUUUUCUGCGUUAAAAGUUGGGACCUACUGGAACUUUCAAAGGCAGGAAGCCCUCUCUGUUACAAAACGUAACUUUAUCUUCCCGUACUGUUGCUAAUUAUAACCGUUUUCCUGUAAGCCCGUUUUAAUUGUCAGUCGUUUAGACUGUUUCUACAUUUAGAGAUGACCUUGAGAAAAUCGUGGGUUGUAGGUUUAAGUUUUUUUUUCGAAAGAUAUAUUGUUUUAAAGUCGUGAUGUUCUUGCUGUGCGAUUAUCUCUCGUUCAUAAUUCUUCCUUUUUUUCUGUUUUGGACCGUAUUUUCAGAUUUUAGUCACAACUAAGCCUUGUCUUGUGCUUUGUUCAAAAUAACUUCUGACCACAAAUGUCUCCUUUAUGAAAUAUGUUGGAAUAAAACCAGAAGACGCUUUCAAGCAGGUUUAAAAAGAUAGCUACAACAUUGUUCUGAUCCUUCUUUCAAAAGCUGAAGCCCUCCUCUCUUUAAUCUAACUUUCUGCUUGCAAAUUUUAUGAGAUGUUGAAGUCAUAGCAGGAAAAGGUAAAAUGCUGUUGUCAGAUUUUUUACAAAAUGUUAAUUUUAUUGUUACAUGUUUUAGAAAGAUUGCUCUUCACGUCCAAAUUUUAAUGCAGUUGGAUUUUUUGGAAAUAAAGUCAAAAAAGUAUGCAAGUAUUAAUAAUAAUUGUCUGUCAGCCCUUUUUUCAGCAGGUUUUAAGUUUUGCAGCUUGGUUUCCACAAUCACAGCACCCUAUUUUUAUGUUUGGACAAAACAAUCAAGUUCAUUCUACAUAAAUAUCAUAGUUGUUUUCUUGAACUACUGAUGAUUAAGGAAAUUUAAAAACAAAAACAUCUGCGUAUAUACAGUGAUAAUUGUUUGCAGUUGAAAUUUGUAACUUUACCUUCUUUUUGAAAUGCUUAAGGCAAAUUUUAUCCACAUAAAUUUUACCAACCACUAAAACAUUGUUUUCUGAAAUUUUUUAACAAGCAAAAGGACAACCUUUUUGGGGGGUAGUAAUGUGCUGAGUUGUCCAUGCAGAUACUUGUUCUACCCGGUUGACUUAGACAUCACAGCACACUUAGGUACAGUGAUUUCAGUUACCUAAUGAACAGUUAAAAAGAUCUCGUACAGUUUUAUCAUUGUGCUGCAGUGGAAAACAUUUUUGCCCAAAUGAAAAAAAACAUCUUGGAAAAGACCCCAAAAUUGGACUCACUGAAGCGUCUUCACAAUCGUACCGUGUGCAUGCUAAUCGCAGUCAACAAACUUGACUCAUUGAUUAAAAAUAUUAUUCCAUAGAAUUUCUUUUGUUGAAAGAGCAUUCUAGUUUUGGUUGUCGUAAUUUAAAGGAAUUUAGAUGAUGACUGGACAAUUCACUUAUCAUGAUGUUUUGAGAUGUGAUUUUGCAAGAUACGAAUUACAUGUCACUAUCUUGAAAUAUCAGAUAACUUAGAUCACAAAAAAUUACAGAGGAUAAAGGACAGUUUAGAAUGGAGGCAAUUAAUGCCAAUUCAUGAGAAAUAAAGGGUGAAUUUUUCAAGGAACAGAAACUGUGAGUUAGCUUGACCUUUAACAAAAUGAUAACUCGGCAUUUAAAGACGAAAUGGUUAAUUGUACAAUAAUCCAAAAAUUAUUAUGAGGUCAGUUUUACAAAAAGGUAGUCAUAAAUCAAGUGCCGCAUUCCAACGUGGCUUUUGGGUUGGUUUGUGUCUUUUUUUAUGUUAAGGAAAAGUUUUACAAGCUUUUCUGGACACAGGCCUGCACAGAGGGAAUAGGCACGAAUGGGACUCUUAGGUACCAUGCAAGGUGCCAUCCCUACCCAAUCCCACAACCUGUAAAGGUUGGCCACACCACCGGGGUCUACGUUCCCUACUCUUUUCGAACAGUAGUGUGGGUUCUUUUACGUCCCACAAGAACAGAUCAAUGAAAGUGCUGUGAGACGGGACCUACGGUUUUUCGUCCUUAUCAGAGAAGACUAGAAAGUCAAACCAUUUGCAGAUGUCAUUACAAAGGCAGCACUUUCUUCUUAGUUAUUUUAAGACCCUAAGUGUUGGUCCGGCCGGGGUUUGAACCCGCGAACUCCCGCUCAGCAGACCGGCGCUCUCCCAACUGAGCUAACCAGGCGGCGGUUAAAACCUUUUAGUAGCCCUUGCCUUGGUGUUUUGCUGUCAAAAUGGUCAAGGCAUUUUAACAUUUUAGAUUUUCUUUGUGCAGUUCUUGUAGAGAAUGCAUAAAAUUAAUAUUCACCUAUUAAUUCAUUCUAUCAAAGUUUUGGCCAAUACACAUCAAGGUAAUUAAAGCAUCACAAACAGGAUUUUUUUGUUAAAAAAACUGACGUGUUUAUCCUGUGGAGAAAGCUUUAUGCCCAGUUCAAACAUCCAUCUUUUCAUGAACCAAACCGAAUCCCUUCAAUUAAGUUCAUGAAAAGAUCAACAUUUCAAUCAAUUAAGUUGACAUGUCUAAUAUGGGUCAACCCAAGAAUUAAGUUCAAGUGGCCCACAUGGGAAAUUUGACUUCAGAGCGACUUGGUUUCAAACGUCAAACCUUUCAUGUGCUGAACCUAAUGCACAAAUUACUGUAAUUCAUUUUUACUGGACAGGUAAACAUUGUAGACCAUUGUACAUCGUGAAAUGAAUUGAGUGUGACGAAUUAAGCUCGAGGUUUGGUACAUGAAAAGUUUAACAUUUGAACUGGGCCUGUUGGCCUUUCAGUGCUAUUUUUCUCUCAUCAAAUUUUGGAGCUUAGUGUGCAGUGAGGCAAUGAAGAUUUUGGUAUUACAUCUGAAAGUUUUCCUGUUUAAACUGACAGAGACUUAAUGUUGUUUUGUCCAGGCAAAGAGCUUGAUGGAAAUGAAAUAGAGGUGACUCUUGCUAAGCCUGUGGACAAGGAUCACCGCCAAGCCAAAGCAGCAGCAAAAGCCGUGAUGAGUGCUACAACAUACCCCAGCUUCACUCCAUAUGAUUACCCUACAAACUCAGCUGCAUAUGGCUUCCCAGCGUAUGGGAGCCAGUAUUUUAUGUAUGGAAGUCCAGUGACAUCGACAAUGGGGUGAGAAUUAUCAGGAUGUCAUGUAACAAAUUGACAACAAUUUUCCAUGGUCUAUACCCUUAUUGACUUUAGAAAUGAAAUGAAAAGGUCCAACUGCAAAGUUCUGAAUAUUUUGACGUCAUUUGUAUGGUCGACAAGAGUAAUAAGUCAUGGUAGAUGGUUGAUUGUUUUCGAAAAUAACAUUCACAGUUUGUAAGUUCCAUGUUUGUUUAAUCGCAUGCGAAGGAAAGAGAAAAACAAUUUGUGCCACCAUCAUGUCAUUUCUAAUCGGUCUGUACUCUCAGAUCAAAGAUGAGUUUUGCACUUCAAUUUUUUAGAAUUCAAGAACCAAUCCAGUGUUUUGACCCUCGAGAAAUGUUGUCAGUGUGUUAGUGGCCGAAAACUAUAUGAACGUUUUUUCUUUCACCAGUGGUGUGAGGCCUCCUUUUGGAAUGGUGAGGACAAGAGGGCGAGGUCGAUCUGCAGCUGGUAGCAGAGCAGCGGGAAAUAAGGGAAUGUAUCUGCCUGCCACUGGUGGCUACCCUUUUAAUGGUUUCAGAGGUUAUUACCCUACAGUGCGACCAGGAUGGUAUGGAGAUGGAUACAGCAAGAGAGGAGGAAGACAAGAAGUAUGUCCAGUUAACUUUUUGCCAUAUUAAAAAGUUAAUCCAUCAACUUAUCUGUUGACUAUUUCCCCUUGUAUGGCUUAAUUGAUACUGUAUUCCCCUGCUACUGGGACUGUUGAAAUCCGAUGUUAUUAGCAAGGUACUUGUAGUAAUGUUGUUUUGUUUGAGGCUGGUGGUGAUCGCAUAUUAAGAAUAGUUGAGUUUCCAGCUCAUGUGGGAUAUGAAAUGGUUUUGGUAAUUUCAUUGUGAUUCAGAUGGGCACAAUCACCAUAUUUAGUAAUACAAAAGAUUUAAAAGGCACUGAAAAAUAACCAUCUCACAACACAAUAUCUAACCAGCAUGGUUUCUCAAAAACACACACACGCACACAAAAAAAAUGGCAAGUAGCUUGCAUGAAAACAAAGUAAAUUGUGGCCAAUGAGUUUUUUGAUCACCAUGAAUACAUGGAACACCCUACAGAUUUGGCAGAGUUAUGUUGAUCACAACAAGAAAAUCACGAGUUUGUUAACAGUUGGAAUGAAAGUAUGUGAUCCCAAUGUUUGAGUGGUCGUAAGUUGGGAACUACUUUAUGUUAAGUAAACACGUCAUGAGAAUUGAAAAAAGGUUCACUGACUCUGGACUGUGUUGUACCUUUAUUUAAAAAACACCUCCUUCCUUAAAAAUUUUGUAGCUUUUGAAAUUGUCAUGGGAAUGAGGGUUUAGAUAAAUUAAUGAUAUACUGUGACAAUUUAACCUAAAACAUGAAUUUUCAGUAACUUUCACAAGUAUCUCAAAGAAAAAAUUUUAUUUUCUCUUGAUCUUAUACAAGAAAGGAAAACUAACUUAAAUUUAAAUACAGUGUAGAUACUAGUGUUCUGAGGGGCCUAAACAAGGUGAAUUAAGAUAAGUUUUAGUUGGUUUCAUUUAAAAUGGCAAUGAGCUCUAGUCUGCACCACUAAAUUUUAACAUCAAGAAGAGGUCUUUGUUUUGUAUAAAACUAAUUCACACUGACUACAGUGGUGGACAAAACACUGACCCUCAGUCUGUGGACUACCCAUAUGGACUAUCGUAAAAUGAACUACACCACUGUAGUUUAGCAGGGUUUGAGCCAGACUGCGCCUUUGCGCCACUCCCACACUGCAAUUGAAAUUGUCCCUUAAAAAAACGGCAAUCGUUAACGUGUCACAUCGAAAACGUGCUCGAAAAUUAGAAAGCUUUUUGACUCCAAAUCAAAGCCAGAGUGAAUCAGAGAAAAAUGAUACAGAAGAAGAACAGUGUAUUAAUCAGGAAGAAACGGAUGAGGAUCGAAGGAAACCGAAAAAAUCACGAGAUCACACGUGGUUGCGCUAUGAAAAGGAGGCGAUGUUGUGCUAUUUUUGUUGGAAAUCUAAGAAGACAAACCCCUUUGCAUCAGCAGAAGGGUGUACAAAUUUCUGUCCCCCUAAAAACAAAAAUGUCCCCCAAGAUUUUAGCAAAGGGGACAAGUUGUCCCCCAGUGAUCAAAUCCUAGCUCAAACCCUGGUUUAGUGAUUAGGGUUAGGAAACUCAGUGAAUCAGGUUUUCAUGAUACUUUGAAAACUGACCUUAAACUUGAUUCACCCAGUUUUCUAACCCUAAUCACUAAACUUUAAUGGCGUACUCCAUGUUAGGGUAGUCCAUAUGGGUAGUCCAUGGACAGGGGUCAGUGGUCAGUGUUUUGUCCACCACUACUGACUUCAUGUGCCAAAUUCACCUGUAAGUGACAUAACUGCACUUGUUGCUGUAGGAACGUAUGUUUGAUCUGGUGCCGGGAAUGGAGUUGACUCCUACAAAUCCCAUGACUUUGAAGCCACAUGCUCUCAAAUCACCAGCUCAGGUGGGAGUCUAUCAUCGCUUUCUCUUGUUUCGUCAGUUAACAGACAGGGCUGUCAACCCCCCAUGUCUUCAGAUAUUGAGAAUUAAUGGGGAAGGGAUGACAGAUGACGUCAUUUGUGAAAAAAAAAUGCGGGAAAAAGAUGUUGUUGGAAUUGUAACUGGAGUUUGUGAGGAAACGUUCGAUAUUAACGGUAAAAAAUAGCUCAAAUAAGGCAAAAUAUUUGAAAUUUCAAUGUCAGAAAGUCGAAAGUACAAGAAAUGGCAAACUUCCGCGAUUAUCCGGGAGAUUUCAGAGUCUAAAUCUGGAGACCAGGAGAAACGGUUUCAAAUCUGGAGUCUCCCAGAUUAUGCGGGAGAAUUGACAGUCCUGCGGAGAAAACAGCUGGCAUUUCAUGAUGCUACCACUGUGGUUUCCCUGAGCAGUGACUGCAGAAAUUCCUUACUGAUGACAUGUUAACCAGAUCUUGUUACUGACGCGUCAUCAGUAUGGAAUUUCUGUGCUCGUCUCUCAGAUGUCAUUUUGCGGGGAAACCACGGUGGUAGCAUUACAAAAUGUCAACUGUUUUCUCAGGUUAUUAACGCUCAAGAGCAUUCAAAGUUUGUUUAAAAAAACCCUUGGUCGUUUUUGUGAGUUACACAGUGCUUCCAAAGAGGUUUCAUUUUAACACUCAUUACACAGGACUUCAUCCACAGGAUUCAUUAAAAAAAGAGAAACUUUUAAGAUGUAGGUUACUUUUUCCCUGAAUUGAAGUUAUUUAACCCUUUAAGUCCCAAUAUCCACAUACAAAUUCUCCAAACUGAUCUCUAUACAUUUCCUUAAAGAAUGAGUUUAGAGAAUUUGAUAAUAGAUAAGGCAUUCUCUCUUGGGUGAUCAUUUUAUUAAUUCUCAUAGUUAACUUAUCUCUUGAGUAUGGAUAUUGUUAGGAGGUAAUUGAUGUUGGUCACUAUUGGGACGUAAAGGGUUAAGAUACAAAGCACAUUUGUCGAAAUUAUCCUCCUAAAAUGAGGCUUAUCAUACAUACCUUUUGCCCGAGGUGUUGAAUAGAAGUUGAAGUGGCAUACGUAGGCUCUGUGAAAGUCUGGUCAGCUCUGUUACUUUUGAAGCUGGUAUAACUCAUUCAGAAGCACCUUUUUGCCUUAAAUAUUAAUUGCACUGAAGGGAUUAACUUGAACAUAAAGUAACAGCGAGAUUUAAUGCCCUUAGUAACAUAUACUGUAGAAACAAUAGAACAAUCUAUAAUGAUGUUUUAAGUCUGGUGUAAUGUAUUUAUUCAAUUGAGUGCCCUGGGUGCUCAUGUACUAAUCUUGAGAGUGGGCGCUUAUUCCACACUAGAGGCACAUGUUAACUUUUCCUACCUACAAGGUUGGCACUUUGUUUGAAGUUGGGUGCUUAAUCAAACAUUACAGUAAUUAAUUUAAUAAUAACUGACAUUUUAUAUAGUUUAAAAAUAACAUCUAAUCUUUUCCUAUCAGGAUCAUUUGCUUCGUGUAAAAUAACCUUCCAAAGAAUUUCUAAAAUCCUCAGUGUCAACAUUUAAAAUUAAAAUCUUUUGAUUUCUCUCUGUGUGCUAUCACAUUCAUAAUGUUAGUUUUUCCGACUUGACAAAAUUGUAAAGGGUGACCUGCAAUUGAGAGGAAUCUGUUGAUCAGUGCUUGAGCAACUCUUUUUUUUUUUACACUGAAAUGAACUUUUUUGAUUAAUAGUAAUUCCAACUUUUGAGAAUCAACAAAAUAUUUUGCUAUAACCAUUCAAAUGAAACAUCUUAGGCUGGACAUUUUGAAUAAUGGUACUUAUAAGAUUGCACAAGAUGAAAUUUAAAAAUUAUUCUCAAUUUUGACAUGGGCCUUUUGCUAAUGUGGGUUUUCUCCAUUUUCUGUCACAGGUUUUAGAGGAUGUGUGCCAGAAAAAUCAAUGGGGUAGUCCUGUUUACACGCUCCACAGCACUGUAGGACCUCAGGACAUGCAACUCUUUCUGCACAAGGUUGGGCUGAUUUUUCUGUGACAUUAUUUUGAACCAAAUAUCAAAUGCUGUGAAAAUUGGAUUUGCUUGUAUUAGAUUUCCUCUGACAAGCACCACCAAAACAAUGCUACCAGCCGUACCCCUUAUGUUUUCUUAAAAAUCACUUCUUCUUUUUAAAGUUGAUUAUUUCAAUAAGCCUAAAGGACAACAAUCUUGUCUGGUGAGUCAGUCUUAGUGACAUCUCUAUCUCCAUGGUCUUGCUGAGUUCUGUUAAUAUUUAUGUGCAUUUAUAGUAAAAGCAAGAUAAGACAAGUAAUUAAGAUCCUUUCCACAUAAGCAGACAAAUCUUGAAUUGUCCUGAAUAUAAAGCUUAACUAACUCACAAGUAUUGAACUACUAGCUUUUACCUGCAACAAAAGCACUGUUGCUGUUGUAUCAUUGUGUGCCACACUGAACACUAGUCCAUGUUAAUCUUUACUUAAAGGUAUCCAUUCCUGGAUUGGCCACCCAGUAUCAGCCUCCUAAGUUGUGCCGCACAGUUGAAGAAGCCAAGAGUUAUGCCUCAGAAUAUACACUUCAGCAACUUGGUAUUCCAAUAGAGGGUAUGUCUAGGUAAUAAAUAAAUUAUUUCCAAGAAUUUAAACUUAAUUCUUAAAUAAAUCACCAUGUAUAUUCUCCCAAGCAUUCUCCCUUCAUUUCCUACGGCACUGAUCAGGAGAAAUUAUACAUCAAUCAAGAGCUUGUUCAUAUUUCUUGGUGAUUUUUUCCUCAAUCACAACUAUAAAAAAAUUCUCUCAUCUAAUUGGCUUUUGGCAGCUCUAAUUUCAGCACAUGUCAGGCUUAGUAAUUUUGGAAAGGAUAUGCAAUCACAUGUGCUGUAAUGGGAGCAGUUCUUGAAUUAUUUUUACUUGAAGUAGUUCAACGGUUUUACCCAUCAUGUAAUAUUGCUCAAAAUGUCUUGUUUUCUGAAAACCUGGAAGGCAACUUUAAAAAAGUUGAGCUUGGAUCACUGUUUAUAAAAAUAAAGUUUCUAUCUCGCUGGUUUGUUUUCUUGCAUGGUGCUUGAGUUCUAUAGUUGCUACUUUUAAAUUUAAACUUGUUUUCAGCAGCUUUGGUAGUGGUACCUGCUGGGUAUAUGUACUUCUUUAAUUCGCUCUGGUUUUCUCAAAUGACUCCAACAUUUGCAGGAAAAACAUUAAGUUGACUAAAAGGGCAAGAGAAAUUUGUAGCCUUUGAUCAUAAAAGAGUACUGAAAAGGGUAACUCUCAAGGUGUUAUUUAUAUUUUAUUAAUAUUUCAGUGGUGACCACAACAGCAGCAGAUAUUCCCCCAACUACUGGAACCCCAGUACCUUCUACAGCAACCUAUGUAGCCCGCCCUUUACCCCCAGGUAUGUUGAACGAAUCAGCAACAAUUUUAUGUAGUCUGUACUCUUUAUAACGAUAGAAGUGAACUCAAGGGUGCGUGGUUUCACUGCAAAGUUAUGAGCAUUUUGACCUCAUUCCUGUGGUUGAUAAGAAUAUAAACCCAGGAAAAUUGAUUACAAUAACAUUGACAGCUGCUUAAGUCCAUUUCUGUUUAAGUUUCUCGAACAAAAAAUUGCAUGUGAGAGUAAGAGAAAAACAAAUUGCUCCAUCACAUCAUUGUCAUGCCAUAUACUCUCAUUCACCAUAGCUCUUGAGCAAUCAGUGCGAGGAAUAUCACUCUGUAUAUAAUGUUUUAUUUAGACAAAGGAAUUGAUUAUGAAGGUUUAACAAUAAGAGAAUGGUUGCCACAUGCCAGAAAAAUAGUCAGGGUAAAAAUAAAAUUCUUCAUGAUCAGCAAAAAAAUCAGGAAAUUUUAUUUGUAAGUCAGAGAAAAUUGACAUUUUGAAGAAAAGUCAGGGAAAAUUGAAAGAAGAACCCCUCUGAUUUAAAGGGGCUAUGUAAUGGCUGUGUGGAUCAUAUUAUUAACAUUGCCAGUUACAAGUAUAUGGAACUUAACAUUAGCUGAGAAAUUUCUAACAAAUGACAAAAUCCCUGCUUCACGUCUAACAAAUAAUGUGUCAAGGAUUUUUUCAAAUGUCAUAGACAACCAAAACAUUCUUGAACUCAAUUUUUUAGUCCCAAAACUUCCUUUGUUUGCCUCUAUAUCCAUAAAAUGACCUAAAGAAAGACCCUUACUUGUAUUGAUAUAAUUAUAAAGUGUUUUUUUUUCAAAAACAAAAACAAGGACCUCUGUCCAGCUUAUCUCUAGUAAGCUUGCAGCACUUUGAACAGUGACCAAUGUAUGUCUCUUUUGUUUAUCAGUCUUCAGUACUGUUUGUGGGGACUAGUAAUAAUUUCAUAUUUACUUUUUUUUUCUGUUUCCCUGCAGGGGCCUACAGCCUGCCGAAUUCUGGCCGACCAAUCAGUAGUGCAGAGGCUGGCUCCUAUGCCUCAGGUUAUGUACCAAUUAGUAAUGCCCCCAGUAGUGUUGCUUCUGCUGCCGUGGUGGCUAAACUGCAGGGCUCUUGGCCUGGAGGGGUACCGCCCAAUCAGGAUGCUGCAAUGUAUGGAAAUUAUGAUGGAUAUCCAACUGGUGAACAGGGCGGUUAUCCACAGAAUAUUUAUCAGCAGUAUUAGUGGCUGAAAUUUUUAGACUUAAUACAAUCAGUGAUGUGGUGUGGAGAGCAGGGCAAGAAGUCACUUGACUUUAUUUAAAAUUUUUCAAGGAAUGUUCCAGUGUAACACAAGUUGAAUGCAAGUCAUAACGCUAACUUGCCUGGCUAAACCUGCUCAAUAUUUCCUGCACAAACAGGUUUCAGCUGUGAUUUGUUUUUUUACAAGAAAGGUCAUUUCUCAGGAGACUGAGCACAGUGUGACAGCUAUUGCUAUUUUUCAAGGCUGUUAAAAAAUGGGAUCUUGGCCUCACAAUCCAAACACAUACUGAAUGUUUACAAUUUAAUGGGAUAAGGGUGGCAGCAGAUGUUUAUUGUGUGAACAGUGUAUGUGUUCUAGUGUCUUUGUGUCAUAGAUAAGGGUCAUUAUUAGAGAGGGUUAUGUCAGAAUUAUUUCAUCGUUUUUUUUUUGCUGGUUUAAGUGAUCAUUAGUUCGAGUAGUGGAAGAAUUCAAUAGCUAUAUGCUGCAAAUUAAAUUUUAGGCCAUUUGUAUGGACGAAAGAAGGCACGUAAUAAAGGCCUAUUUUACUGUCAUUGACAAAGUUACAACCAGCUUAAUAGCUUUUUUUUUUAAUGAAUUUUUUCAGUGCUUUAUGUCAUGGUUUUACAGGAAGAAAGAAUUUCCAAGUCACAAACAAAGCGUAUUUCAAUAUUAUAAAUUUAUUCGUACUUGCGUCCUAUUCGCUAUUUUAUUGUCUUAUAACUGUAUCCAUUUUAAGUCAUCCAAAGCAAAGAGAAAAAAGAAAAGAAGAGUUUUAGUUUAUAUUUUUGUUAGAGAAAACUCAGAUAUUUAUAGACAAACAGGGCUCAUUGUUGGUCGUUUGGAACUGAACGCUUGAGAACUGGUGUAAAUACUGAAAAUGCUACUCUUGAGGUAUUUUAAAUGCACAUGCGCUGUGUACCACAGGAUUUCGUGUAAGCUUUGUCCCUUGGUCAACUAGUGUAUGUAACAUGAGAACAUAAGGUUUUGUUGCGGGAAAAACCGGUGAGAUUUUGGGUUUGAUUUUUUGGGGAAGAAUGUUGGACAAUGCUCUUACAUGAAUCUGUGCAAUUAUUUCACUACACAUCGUUCACCCAAGCACUUUGUAUAUUUUCAUCACGAGGUUCCUUGAACGUUAUGUACAGUUAAAAUCUCUUUAAAAAUGAAAUAAUUCUUUUAUAAAAUUGCUUGAGCUUGCUCUUUUCUAUUCAAGAGGCUGAAAGGAAGUAGCCAGGAUAUUGUUAUCUGUUAGGAGAGACUUGCACCUCCUAAACAUCAACGUUUAAAUUUGUGUUAAUGCUCAUCUCUGGGAAAUGUGUGUAGAGGAAUCCUUCUAUUAACAAUCGGUGGUUUAGUUCUGGAGUAAAGAAAGUGUUUGCUCAAAGAAAAGGAACGAAAUAACGCGUGGAAACAGUUCAAGGAGAAUACUUGAACUUUUUUCUGCGUCCUGCGAAGAAGAAAGCUUUACAACACUUACCCUUAAGACUGAAUGGAAAUCCUUCUGUAUGUUUGUUAAAGGUUGCCUUUGAGUUAACAGCACUGACCAUAAAUACUGAGGGCUCGUUUGUCCGUCUUUAAAACGAUGGCAUUCGCUCGUCGGCUCUUCCUUUCAGCCCUUCUUAUUCAACAAAAAAGUAGAAUUUUUCUUCAAUGGCAAUUUACUUUGUUUAUAGGAUGUUUAUUCUAAUAAUGCUGUAAAACGAAAAAUUCACCGGAAGUAAAAACAAAUAGGAAUUUUUUUCAAGUCUGUAUGUUACAAUUUGAGUUCCAUUAAAGAUACCAACACAGAAGUCUAUUUACAAUUUAACAAGAAACUGCCAACGGUGCCGAGCUAUAGAGCCUGAUUUAAGUGAAUGAAACAAUUAGUCUCUUACGUUACCAGUCAUGGUCUUGUCACGCAAUGCCUUCCGCCUCAAAGGAGACAGGGGAUUGCGUGACCUAGGUGCGUAGAAAACUAAUGUAGAAUUGCAUAAAUAUGUUUAUUAGUGAUGUAGUGAUAAUUAUUUAGUGAGUUACUGUUAGAAAAAUGAAGGGAUUGUGAAAGGUUCGAAACUCACGAUUUCCUCCACCAGCCAUUUUGGCCUUUUUGUGCAGCAGAGUUUGGAAUUUAUGUUUCGUUUAUUCCAAAAAGAAUAGUGACAUAUAAACAAAAAAUUCGUGAGUUUCAGGUUUGUUUGCCCAGCUAGGAUUUGAACGGAGGGAAGAUAACCAGAGCUUGCGACAUUUCAUCAGGCCAGUUGUCUUUUUUAAGGGCUGGUUAGGUAAAUAUUACAAAUAUAGCAUAAUCAUGAAUCAAAUAACGGUACAAUUGAAAAAUAAGCCACCAAUAA